UUUGACAGUCAUCAACUCCUCUGCCCCGGAAGUUGUCGUCUUCACUGCGGCUAACUUCACGCUGUUUAAUCAAGACGGCAGUUAGUAGCAGUUUCUUUAUUGUUCGUGAGAAAGUUUGUGUUGUGAUCCGUCAGAGCCUCUGUGUGUCCGGAUAAACCUGUCUGAAUGGACUUUGUGCUGUUCACCUUUUCUUUCUGGAUGUUUUACCUCUGACUCAUCUCCCGGUAGACUACAAACACAUUCAAGUUAGCUUAGCAUGCUAGCUGGUUAGCACCGCGGCUCUAGUCAGAGUUUGUGUGGAGAAAAAGUUGGUGUCACUGUGUGAAAAAUGUCUAAAGUCCAAACGGUGAGAGCGCUGGUGGAGCAGCGACUGACUGCGGCUGCUGAAGAGAUAUUUGGGCUGUUUGAAAGAACGAUAGCAGAGUACGAGGAGCAACUUUGUCGUUCAAAAGAGAAGAACAAGCGACAACAGAAACUACUGGACGCUGUUUUCAACCCUCAGCUUCAUUUACACAGAGCAGACGUUCAGCAGCUGUCAGUGAGGGAAGAAGAGUUUUCCUCUGAGCAGCAGGAGAGGAGCUGCAGUCUGGACCAAGACCAGCACCAGGAGGAGCCAGAGCCGCCACACAUUAAAGAGGAACAGGAGGAACCUUGGAGCAGUCAGCAGGGAGAGCAGCUUCAGGGGCUGGAGGAGGCUGAUAUCACCAAGUUCACAUUCACUCCUGUCCCUGUGAAGAGUGAAGAAGAUGAAGAGAAACCUCAGUCCUCACAGCUUCAUCACACACAAACUGAACAGAUGGAAACAGAAGCUGAUGGAGAGGACUGUGGAGGACCAGAACCAGACAGGAACUCUGAUCCAGAGCCACAUUUACAACCUGAUACUGAUGAAGAGCCUGCAGACUUUUCUGAACCUGAGACUGAUGACAGUGCUGAUUGGAAGGAGACCAGAGAACCUCAGUCAGGUUUGAACUGUUUGAAAAAAGAUGGCGGUCCUGUCAGAGAUUCCAGAUUUAGUGCUGGUGAGAAACGAUUUAGCUGCUCUGAGUGUGGGAAAAGAUUUGGCUCCAAGAGCUAUCUGAAGAGACACAUGAGACUCCACACAGGAGAGAAACCUUUCAGCUGCUCAGUUUGUAAGAAAACUUUUACAUGGAGUGUAACUUUAAAGUCACACAUGAGACUCCACACAGGAGAGAAACUUUUCAGCUGUUCAGUUUGUAAGAAAACGUUUACACUGAGUGGAACUUUAAAUUUACACAUGAGACUCCACACAGGAGAGAGACCUUUCAGCUGUUCAGUUUGUAAGAAAACUUUUACACAGAGUGGACAUUUAAAGUCACACAUGAGACUCCACACAGGAGAGAGACCUUUCAGCUGUUCAGUUUGUAAGAAAACUUUUACACGGAGGGGAACUUUAAAGUCACACAUGAGUCUCCACACAGGAGAGAAACUUUUCAGUUGCCCAGUCUGCUGUAAGAGCCUCUGUGUGUGUUUACCCUUCUCUGCAGACGCCCAGCAGCUGUUGGUGGUUAAAGAGGAGUUUCCCUCUGAGCAGCAGGAGAGAAGCUCCACUCUGGACCAGGAGGACCCAGAGCCCCCACACAUUAAAGAGGAACAGGAGGAACCUUGGACCAGUCAGCAGGGAGAGCAGCUUCAGGGGCUGGAGGAGGCUGAUAUCACCAAGUUCACAUUCACUCCUGUCCCUGUGAAGAGUGAAGAAGAUGAAGAGAAACCUCAGUCCUCACAGCUUCAUCAAACACAGACUGAACAGAUGGAAACAGAAGCUGAUGGAGAGGACUGUGGAGGACCAGAACCAGACAGGAACUCUGAUCCAGAGCCACAUUUACUAUCAGAUACUGGUGACGAGCCUGCAGACUCUACUGAACCUGAGACUGAUGACAGUGGUGAUUGGAAGGAGACCGGAGAACCUCAGUCAGGUUUGAACUGUUUGAAAAAAGAUGGCGGACCUGUCAGAGAUUCCAGAUUUAGUGCUGGUGGGAAACGAUUUAGCUGCUCUGAGUGUGGGAAAAAAUUUAGCAACAAAAGCAAUAUGAAUAGACACAUGGUUUCCCAUACAGGAGAGAAACCUUUCAGCUGCUCAGUUUGUAAGAAAACUUUUACACUGAGUGGACAUUUAAAGGCACACAUGAGACUCCACACAGGAGAGAGACCCUUCAGCUGCUCAGUUUGUAAGAAAGCUUUUACACUGAGAGGACAUUUAAAGGCACACAUGAGACUCCACACAGGAGAGAAACCUUUCAGCUGCUCAGUUUGUAAGAAAACUUUUACAUGGAGUGUAACUUUAAAGUCACACAUGAGACUCCACACAGGAGAGAAUCUUUUCAGCUGCUCAGUUUGUAAGAAAACUUUUACACGGAGUGGAACUUUAAAGUCACACAUGAGACUCCACACAGGAGAAAGACCUUUCAGCUGCUCAGUUUGCAAGAAAACUUUUACACAGAGUGGACAUUUGAAGUCACACAUGAGAUUCCACACAGGAGAGAGACCUUUCAGCUGCUCAGUUUGUCAGAAAACUUUUACACGGAGUGGAACUUUAAAGUCACACAUGAGCCUCCACACAGGAGAGAAACUUUUCAGCUGCCCAGUGUGUGCUGAAUCUUUUGCACAAAGUGAGUAUUUAAAGAAACACAUGAAAGUCCACAUAUGAGAGAAACCUUUCAUAAAUGUGCUGGCUGUGCUCAUCCUCAAAGUUUCAUCAAACUGAGGAGAACAAAGAGGCAGAGCCUCCAGCCAACGCGAAAAGAUGCAAACUUCUUUUUCAAUCUUUUUAAAGGACUAGAGAAAGAUUGUCAAGUCUUUUUUUAAAUGCUACAAAGCUUAUCGUAACUUUCAUAAAAUUUUAUUUUUCUGUGUAUGAAAUUUAGCUACAAUAUAAUUAAACAAUACUUUAUUUUCCAUGAUGUGAUAUGAUAUUCAUUUCCUUUUUGUUCAUUUUCUGUUUUGUUUUACAAAACUAAAGUUCACAAACUGAUAUUUUAAUUCAAUAUUUGAUUGGAGAAGUGUAACAAUAACUUAAUUUUUUUCUAACAGCAAAACAAAAUAAAAAACAUUCUUGGUUUACCAAA